AGAAUAAAAAAUUAGAAAUAGUGCAACAAACAACACUACAACAGGCAACAGUUGCCACAGACCACUAGCUUUGCAUGGAUGGAAGAGUAAGCACACAUUCAUCAAAGGUCAGAGAAUUUUCAUCAUCAAAAGAUCGACGCAUUUCUGGCCGUUUCUCUCCUUCACCGCCAUAGCCGCCGCUCUCGCCUUUCUACUAAUUCACAAGCUUUGUUUCUUCUCUUUUUCUCUCUCCUCCUCUAUAUUGCUCUCGCCGAUUUUCUUUUUUUCUACGCCAAACUUUUUGUUGCGUUCUCGUGUUAGGAGGAGGGAGAAAUGAGCUUCAGUUUGUGGUGUUCGUCGUCUUUGGAGACGAAGAGUCCUUAUCCUGAGGGUUUCCGUAACAACAGAACAAAAGCUCCAUUGCCAAAGGCAUCUGUUAAGCCAGUUAGGAAGGAUGAGUUUCAUAAAUGUAGUUUUGAUGCUCAGAGAGCAAUUGUAGCCUCGCCAAGUUAUUUGGCGUCCGAAGAAUUGCAGGAGGCAUCUAUGAGUAAGAAGAAAGGGAGAGAGAUGAAUACAAAUAGGAGAUCGGAGUAUGUUAGGACUUUGUUGAUUGAUAAUUAUGAUAGCUAUACAUUCAACAUCUACCAAGAGUUGUCGGUCAUUAACAAGGUUCCUCCCGUUGUUGUGCGCAAUGAUGAAUGGACAUGGGAAGAAGCUUACUAUUAUUUAUAUGAGGAAAGAGCCUUUGAUAAUAUUGUCAUAUCACCAGGCCCUGGUUCACCAAUGUGUGCUGCUGAUAUAGGGUUAUGCCUUCAUCUGCUGCUUGAAUGCAGGGAUAUACCUAUCUUGGGUGUUUGCCUUGGACAUCAGGCCCUAGGAUAUGUUCAUGGUGCUCAAAUUGUACAUGCAACUCAACCAGUACAUGGACGUCUGAGUGAGAUUGAGCAUGAUGGUAGUAGAUUAUUUGACAACAUUCCUUCUGGGAGAAAUUCUGGCUUCAAGGUUGUUCGUUAUCAUUCACUUGUUGUAGACGAGGACACGUUGCCGAAAGAACUUGUUCCCACAGCAUGGACCUGUUCUGAUGGAAGUUCCUUGCGUUGUUUUGAAGAGAACUGUGUGCAAAGUGAAAAAGUUCUCAUGGGUGUACGUCAUGUCAGCAGACCUCAUUAUGGUUUGCAGUUUCAUCCCGAGAGCGUUGCAACCAAUUACGGGAGGCAGAUGUUUAUGAACUUUAGAGACCUAACUGAUGAUUAUUGGCAAGGAUGGGGAGCAUCAUCUUCUAAUAGAAAGUUAAAUGCGUGCAUGCAGGUGCCUCAGACAGUUCAUCCCCUCAGGUCAUUGAUAAGGAGUUCGUUUGUCAAUAAGGGGAAUUGUGUUAGCCAUUCUAGUAUCAGCAAUCUUUACGAUGUUUCACGAAGGAACAUGAGAGUUCAACACCUGAAAUUAAGGUGGAAGAAACUUGAUUCUUUAGCUAACAAAGUUGGUGGUGCGAGAAAUAUUUUUUCAAAGCUUUUCGGAAAGUGCAAUGCUGAUGAAACCUUUUGGCUAGAUAGUUCAUCUAUAGAAAAGGGAAGAGCUCGGUUUUCGUUUAUGGGUAAAAAAGGUGGAUCUCUAUGGAAGCAACUUACUUUCAAACUGUCUGAUCAAAGAAAUGGAGGUCAACUUUCAAUUGCAAAUGCUGAGGGUAAUGUUACGAGCAUGUAUUUGGAAAAUGGUUUUCUUGAUUUCUUAGACAAGGAACUCGAAUCAAUUCAUUGUGAUGGGGAAGACUAUCAAGGGUUGCCUUUUGACUUUUGUGGUGGAUAUAUUGGCUACAUUGGGUAUAAUCUAAAAGUUGAGUGUGGCUCUGCAUCUAAUGGCCACAAAUCUUCUGCUCCAGAUGCCUGCCUCUUCUUUGUUGAUAAUUUUGUGGCAAUUGAUCAUAACAACGGUGAUGUUUACAUCUUAUCAUUAUGUGACAAAAGUUCAACUGAACAGUCAUGGAUAGAUGAUGUACAGUUGAAGCUUCUUAACUUGGAAAGUUCUGCUACAAAAAUUAGCAAGGAACGACAUACUGGGUCUCCUGUAUUCUCUCCACUUGAAGCUGGCUUCAUCUCUGAAAAAUCAAGAGACCAAUACAUACAAGAUGUCGAGAAGUGUCUUAGAUACAUCAAAGAUGGAGAAAGCUAUGAGUUGUGCCUCACAACUCAGAUGAGGAAGAAUAUUGACGAGAUAAAUCCUCUAAAUCUUUAUCUCAGACUGCGCGAAGAGAAUCCUGCCCCAUAUGCUGCAUGGCUGAACUUCCCAAAGGAGAAUUUAUGCAUCUGUUGCUCUUCUCCAGAGAGAUUCCUGCAGUUGGACAGAGAUGGUAUCCUGGAAGCAAAGCCAAUCAAGGGUACCAUCUCUCGAGGCUCAACUCCAGAAAGAGAUGAACAGCUUAAGUUGCAGCUUCAAUACAGUGAGAAGGAUCAGGCUGAGAAUCUGAUGAUAGUUGAUCUACUCAGAAAUGACCUCGGACAGGUAUGUGAUGCGGGUUCUGUUCAUGUGCCCAACCUCAUGGAUGUGGAGUCUUAUGCUACUGUUCACACAAUGGUGAGUACCAUAAGGGGAAAGAAGCGUGAAGAUGUAAGUCCAGUCAAUUGUGUCAGAUCUGCAUUUCCUGGUGGAUCCAUGACAGGUGCUCCGAAGUUGAGAUCCAUGGAGAUACUUGAUUCUCUUGAGAGUUGCUCUAGGGGUAUUUAUUCUGGUUCAAUUGGAUAUUUCUCAAUUAACAGGACAUUCGAUUUGAACAUUGUGAUAAGGACGGUUGUUAUACACAAUGGUGAAGCUUCAAUUGGUGCCGGAGGCGCAAUUGUUGCUUUAUCGAAACCUGAGGAUGAGUAUGAAGAAAUGAUACUUAAAACGCGUGCCUCGACAAGAACUAUUGUAGAAUGCCAAACAGACUCUGUGUCUAGUGAAAUUGCAAUGCAUGAAACACCUAAGUGACAGAAAAUUAUACAUAUACAUACCUUUGAUUCUUUUGCACCACCUCCCCUUCCCCCGCCCUUCUCCCCCCGCCCCUCUUGUGGUUUUAGCGGUUUAGCCCAUAGUAUACAAGAAAGAAGUGGAGAUACACACAACAUAGGAAGCACACCCUGACAUUAGGCAGAGAUGAGAGAUUAGAAAAAAAAAACCAACUGAUUCAUCAAUGUUGUAAACUUGUAAUGUGUUGGUGUUUUUCUCUUUUUUCUGUUUUUGGGCAAUAGAAAAAAAAAGAGAUUUGUGUUGAUUAAUUGAAGUUGUGGGUAACUAAAUUGUUGUGGCGUUGUUUUAUUUAAAUGAAUGGAGUAUUUGUAAAAGGCCUGUAGGCCGAGAUUCACUCUGUUGUAAGUAUUACUAUUAUCCCAAUUCUAUCGAAUCCAAUCUGCAGUCUCACACAGAAA